GAAGUGAAGCCAAACCGUUGCUAACGUUAGCUCACUGAAACAACUGCUAACGUGUACUGAUGUGUGGAAGUUUUUACAGACAGUUAUUCUGUCUUAUCUCAGAUUAAUAUUUUAUCACUUAAAGAUGAGUUCAGUCCAGAAUCUGAGAGAGUUGAUCAACGAGCGACUAACUGCUGCUGCUGAAGAAAUAUUCACAGAGUUUGAGAAAACCAUCGUCCAGUACGAGGAGGAGAUCGAUCGUCAGCGCAGACUGCUGGAUAACAUCUGGAAACCUGAGAUAAAGUUACACACAACAGACCAUCUGCAGCAACAUGUCCAGGAGGAGAAUGUUCUUGCUGAGCAGAAUGUCUGCAACCAGGAGAGGAACUCCAGUGUGGACCAGGAGGGCCCAGAGCUUCCACAGAUGAAAGAGGAGCAGGAGGAACUGUGCACCAGUCAGGAGGGAGAGCAUCUUGUACUGAUGCAAGAGGCUGUUAUCCUGGUUCAGCACAACUCCAAAUGUGAAGAAAUAUCUGGAGAAAUAUUUGGACUUUCUGCUAAACGAUUCGGCCAAUUGGAUGAAGACAUCGAUUAUCGGCACAGGCAGGUGGAUAUGAUCUGGAAACCACGGAUAAUAUUACACAGAAUUGACCACCAACAUCAAGAUGUCUGUAAAGAGGGGAAUGGUCUUGCUAAUCAGCAGCUCUGUAACCAGGAGAAGAAGUUUCGUCUGGGCCAGAAAGAGGCAGACCCUCCAGAGAUAAAAGAGGAAGAGGAGGAACUCUGCACCAGUCAGCAGGGAAAGCAGAUUGUACUGAAGCAAGCAACUGAUACUUUUCUAUCGACUUCAACUGAUAUGGACAAUGACCUCAGUGAACUAGAACCAAACAGCAACCACCUCCUCUCUUACAAUUCACUAGUAACCGUGACCCCACAUCAGGAGGGAAGCGAGCAUGUAGACUCACGCUCAACUAGAAAUGCAGCGCUGAAGCCAAAGAGUCAUAGCAGUUGCAAUGUACCCAAGUCUUCAUUGUCAGAACAUCACUGUGGUAUUGGUACAAGUGAAAAAUCUAUCGGAUGUGAUGUUUUUGGAAACACCUUUCAGAAUAAGUACCAAAUCAAGAAACAUCACCAAAUCCACAAAAUUGUAAAACCAAAUGCUUGCAAUACACGCAGAAGAAGUUCACGGUCUCAGCAGAAAGUCCAUAUGAAAAUUCACAGCGGUGACAAGCUGCAUUCUUGUAAAACAUGUGGGAAACGUUUCAGUUGUGGUGGUCAUCUGACUGCCCACAUGAGAACUCACACAGGAGAGAAGCCAUAUUCUUGUGAAACGUGUGGGAAAAAUUUCUCUCAAUGUGGGCAGCUGACUGUCCACAUGAGAGUUCACACAGGAGAGAAGCCAUAUUCUUGUGAAACAUGUGGGAAAAAUUACUCUCAACGUGGGCAGCUGACUGUCCACAUGAGAACUCACACAGGUGAGAGGCCGUAUUCUUGUAAAACAUGUGGGAAAAACUUCAGUAAACGUUGCAAGCUGAUUUUCCACAUGAGAACUCACACAGGUGAGAAGCCAUUUUCUUGUGAAACAUGUGGGAAAAAUUUCACACAACGUGGGCCGCUGAAUGUCCACAUGAGAACUCACACAGGUGAGAGGCCAUAUUCUUGUGAAACAUGUGGGAAAAAUUUCACUCAACGUGGGCCGCUGACUGUCCACAUGAGAACUCACACAGGUGAGAGGCCGUAUUCUUGUGAAACAUGUGGGAAAGGUUUCAGUGAACGUGGUAAGCUUACUUUCCACAUGAGAACUCACACAGGUGAGAAGCCAUUUUCUUGUGAAACAUGUGGGAAAAAUUUCACUCAACGUGGGCUGCUGAAUGUCCACAUGAGAGUUCACACAGGUGAGAAGCCGUAUUCGUGUAAAACAUGUGGGAAAAAUUUCACUCAACGUGGGCCACUGACUGUCCACAUGAGAACUCACACAGGUGAGAGGCCGUAUUCUUGUGAAACAUGUGGGAAAAACUUCCGUGAACGUGGUAAGCUUACUCUCCACAUGAGAACUCACACAGGUGAGAAGCCGUAUUCUUGUGAAACAUGUGGGAAAAACUUCACUCAACGUGUGCAGCUGACUGUCCACAUGAGAACUCACACAGGUGAGAAGCCGUAUUCGUGUAAAACCUGAGGAAAAAGUUUCAUUCAUUGUCAUGAUUUGUUGUACCACGUGAGAACACACACAGGUGAGAGGCCGUAUUCUUGUGAAAAAUGUGGGAAACGUUUCAGUCAAGGCAGUCAUCUGAUUAGUCACAGGAGAACUCACACAGGUGAAAAGCUGUCGUCCUGGAACAACGGUGGGAACAAAGAUUAGUAGAACACGCAUUCAUUCACAUUGUUCGGGGUAAAAGUAGG